AUGACGGAUCCACCACGUCGUACGAGCUCGACCUCGUUCCGGUCACAGCACGAUCUACACUCUGCGACGGCGACAAAGCUCAAUACGCCGUCUACUAGCCACGCCAACCUGCACGCGCACGCGCAUGCUCUCGACCUCGAUCUGCCACCGAUACCGAAGCGACUAAAGGCGGACGUGGACGAGGUGCCGUUUAGCGGUCGUCGGCCGAUCGAUGACGAGGACGACAACGGGGACGAGACGCGGUUUCAGCCUCAGAGCGGCGAGAUCACCCGUGUCGCUUCGCCCGUCCUCGGAUCAGCGGAAAAGAAGUCGCGGAGCGGAGAGCAGCAGGAGGAGGAAGAGGAAGAGUGGAAACUCACUCUGGACGACGACGAGGAUCCGACCAAGUGGAAAGACAGCCGGAAGUGGGCCACGACGGCGUUGGUGUGCCUCAUCUACUGCACCGCCACGCUCACCUCCUCGAUAGCAACGGGGGCAGCACACCAAUACGCCCACCAGUUCUCAGUGACGCCCUUCCACCAGUCGCUGAUCCUGACCGUCUACAUGAUCGGCCUGGCCAUCGGACCGCCCAUCUGGGCGCCGCUGUCCGAGACGUACGGCCGGCUGACGGUCAACCUCGUCUCGCUGCCGGGCUACACGCUCUUCAACAUCGGCUGCGCCCUCUCGCCCAGCUACACCUCGCUCCUCGUCUGCCGCUUCUUUGUCGGCCUGUGCGGCGCCAGCCCGCAGUCCAACUCGGGCGCCACCAUCAGCGACGUCUGGCCGCCUGCCCAGCGCCUCUGGCCCAUGUUCAUCUACACGUGCGCCGCGUUCGGCGGGCCCGUCCUCGGCCCGCUCUGCGGCGGAUUUCUCGCGGGCGAGAAUCCAGAGUCGCACCGGUGGAGAUGGAUCUAUUGGCUCCUGACUAUCCUCGGCGGCGUCUCUACCCUGUGCGUCGUCUUGGUGCAGCGCGAGACGUAUCGACCUGUACUGCUCAAGCGCAAGGCGCUUCGACUGCUUCGCGAGCACCGCAGCGGCAGCGGCAGCGGCACGGCGACAACCGAAAAGGUGGAAGCGCCGCGCAGCAUCUACGAGCGCGAGCUGCUAGCCACGCUGGACUCGCAGCGGCUAACGGUGCGCGGUGUACUGACGACGCACGUCUCGCGGCCGUUCAAGAUGUUGCUGACCGAGCUGCCGCUCGCGUACGCGGCGGCAUGGACGUCGUUUGCGUAUGCGGUCCUGUUCAUCUUCUUCGAGGCCUUCCCCGUCGUCUUUGGCGCCACCUACGGCUUCACGGCGGGACAGGUGGGCCUCGCCUUUCUGCCGCUCGGCAUCGGCAUCCUCGCCACGGUGCCCGUGGUGCGCUACUUUAACCGCCUCAACCUCGCCAUCCGCCGCGAGAAUGCGGGAAGGGCGCCGCCCGAGGCCCGGCUCAAGCAGGGCUUCCUCCCCUCGCCGCCGUGCAGCUUCUGGUUCGGCUGGACCGCCCGACGUUCGAUCCACUGGAUCUCGCCCAUGCUCGCAACGAUCCCCAUCGGGGCAGGCCUCAUCUUUUCCUUCAACUCGCUCAGCGUCUACGUGGCCGAGUGCUACACGGCCUAUGCCGCCUCGGCGCUGGGCGCCAUGGCCUUUUCGCGCUGCAUCUUAGCCGUCUUUGUUCCCCUCUUUGGACGCACCAUGUUUCAAGGACUCGGUGCUGGCUGGGCGGCGAGCAUCCUGGCCUUCGUCUCGCUCGCCGCCGUACCCAUUCCCUUUCUCUUCCAGCGUUACGGCCCGGCAGUGCGGCAGCGGAGUAGGAUGGCUGUCAAGGACUAG